GCUAAGAUUCACUCUAAUUGGUUCUUCGUCGAAAUUAUGCAAAUUACUAAGGCGUGUUUAGAGUGCAGCUUCGGCGAACUGAUCUCCUCCGAACGCGAAGGCGCGCACUGAUUGGCUCUGCUUGGCAACUAGACCCGCCCCUCGCGGCGUGCUGUGGCGUUGAAAUGACACCGUGGGAAAGCCUAGCUGUUCAAACGGACGAAAACCGCAGCAGAUUUACCUGAUACAGCACGGACAAGUCGCACACUCGCUCAGAGCUUCAAAAUGAAGAGAAAUCACGACUUCAGCUCCUCUGACAGCGAGCUUGAUGAGAAUAUUGAAGUGGAGAAGGAGAGCGCCGACGAGAACCUGGGCAUGAGCUCUCCUCUCGGAUCCGUUUCUCCUUCUACAACAUCCCAAGUACAAGCAAGAAAACGUCGCCGAGGGAUCAUUGAAAAGCGGCGUAGAGAUCGCAUCAAUAACAGCCUGUCUGAACUGCGUCGACUUGUUCCCAGCGCUUUUGAGAAACAGGGCUCAGCUAAACUGGAAAAAGCUGAGAUUUUGCAGAUGACUGUGGAUCAUUUGAAGAUGCUUCAUGCAGCUGGUGGCAAAGGUUACUUUGACGCUCAUGCUUUGGCAAUGGAUUAUCGUGGCUUGGGCUUCCGCGAGUGUCUGGCUGAGACAGCCCGAUACCUGAGCAUCAUCGAGGGCCUGGACAACACCGACCCACUCCGCAUUCGCUUGGUGUCCCACUUGAGCAGCUAUGCCACCCAGAGAGAGGCUCACACAGGUCUGGGGCAUCUAGCCUGGGGCUCGGCGUUCAGCACCCCUCACCUGGCACAUCACCUGCUCUUACCACAGCAUCAGCAAGGGGCAUCGGUAUCACGCAAGCCUAGCAGUCCUCCAUCAUCAUCCUCAUCAUCGCCCUCCUCUUCACCGUCAGUACCCUCCUCAGAGCCUCAUGGCUGCAGCAGGUUGACUGUCACAGCGAUCAGCGAGGCAGGACAGAGCAGGCCGAUCAGGGUACCCCCUGCAACAGGCACCAUUCCCCCAGGGCUCACAGCAGCGUCCGCAUCCAAGCUCUCUCCUCCACUUCUCACGUCCCUGUCCAGCCUCUCAGCUUUCCCCUUCCCUCUGAGUGCUUUUCCUCUGCUCUCACCCAGCUCACUGAGUCACGCCACCCCCUCCAGCAGCCUGGGAAAGCCGUAUCGUCCAUGGAGCAUGGAGAUCGGUGCUUUCUGAACUUUUUUUCAGACCAGAAAGACUUUGAAGAACGAUGGGAUUUUGCUGGUCAGGACUCAACAAAGUGGAAAGACAACCCAGGACUAAUGUACCAGAGAAUUAGUUGUGUGUAUGAUUGUGUGUGUGUGUGUGUGUGUUUUUACAGAAUUGAAUUUCCCUCAAAUUUGAGCUAAUCAGGGAUAGGUUCUGCUGGUAGCCAGGUUAACGUCUUAAGGUUUCUGUCAUUAACUUCUGAAACUGUUUUUUUCUUUUUUCUUUUCUUUUUUAGUAAAACAGGGUGCUGUGCUGGUACAAUACCCUGCCUGGAUACUGAAGGAAAGAUAGGUGUUUUGAUGAAAUGGCUGUUUUGGGGCUGAGGUACUGAUACAUUUAACUAGUUGGCACAGAGCGUAAAAACUAGAACCAAGUUUUUAUUAUAAUGAAAAGUAAUAAGUAAUAUCAGUGUGUAGUUCCAAAUGAGAGGCAGAAUAUUGUCCACCCCAUGUCUCGAUAUUUCAAUUAACAUCCAUAUUUCGAAUCGUCAUGUCUCGAGGGUAAAAUAUAAAGCGAUUAUUGUACUCCCUCACACGUUUUGGCAAGAUACCAUUUUUUUUGUAUUAUGUUUGUAUUCGACUUUGUAUUUCUACAAAGUUUAAGAGCUAUGCAAUCGAUCCGUUGUUUUACAAGAUUACAAGAUCUCUAUGGUUUUCGAUCCGGAGCUUUCUUUUGUAUAAAUACAUACAGUAAAAGCUAUGCAACAGAGCCUUUAUCGCAAAAGAAUGACUUUCUUUUUCUUUUGUGACUUGCAACAUUUUUUUCCCCUACAUCUAUUUAUAUGAAAUAUCUUGAACUGUGGUUGCCAGGUUUUGGGGUUCAGUUGCUGUUAAACCCCUUCUUUAAAAAUCAUGACAGCUUUUAACACUGUUUCAGAAUGGACAAUCUCUCAAAAAGUCACUAAAUAAAUAAUGAAAAAUAUCAUUUGUGUGUUUUAGUCAUGUUUCACUGCGUAAUAAAAAACACAACAACACAUGCAGCACAUAUUCACUCAUCAGCAGCC